CGGAAAGGUUCGGAAUUUGCGUCUGCGUCAUCUUUUUUUGGCUGUUACCUGUGACGUCCUUGGAAGCAGAAUCUGAAACUUUCUGAGGAGAGCAUUUGGGCUUCAGAUUUCUAACAGCCUCUUUGCAACAAAAUAGACCAGUCAACUGCAAUCCUUCAUGAUGUUUCCCUUGGCCAGAAAUGCACUAAGCGGUCUCAAGAUUCGAAGCAUUCUGCAAAGUAUGGCAAGACAGAGCCAUGUAAAACACUCACCAGAUUUUCAUGAUAAAUAUGGUAAUGCUGUGCUAGCCAGUGGAACCGCUUUCUGUGUUGCUACAUGGGUGUUUACAGCCACUCAGACUGGAAUAGAAUGGAACCUAUCCCCUGUUGGCAGAGUUACUCCAAAGGAGUGGAAACAUCAGUAACCAUCACAGUUGCUGUAAUGAGAGAAUUGUUUAAAAAACUAACUUGUCAUGUAAGCACUCUACUGCUUAUUAAAAUAUAGCACAAUUGAAAAAA